AGAACCCCAACAAACUGGAUCCGAUCUGGCCAUCAGAGCGGGCUUUGGCGGACGAGUCGUGUGAGCUGGAAUCCGUCGAGUCGGAUCGGGAUGUGCUGUGAGCUCCAUAGGGAAAGUUCAAAUGUACAAAUUACCAACUACAUACAUACACCGUACCACUAUGGCAACCUUCAACAUUCUGCGCCAGACAGCUACUCAAGUGCUUCGAACAUCAUCAUCAAAGUCUAGCCGCUUCCCAGUCUUCCUGCGCAAAUCCCAAACUGGAGGCUUUGCAACUCAAGCCUACAACGAGUCGAUCGAUUUGGCUGGAUUGAAUGAGCAGCAACUCGAACUUCAGGAUGCAGUUCGCAGCUUUACCCGUCGGGAAAUAGCCCCCAUCGCGCAGAAGGUUGAUCAGGAGAAUCAAUUCCCAAGUCACCUCUGGACAAAAUUUGGCGAGAUGGGUAUACUGGGGAUUACUGUUCCCGAAAAGUAUGGGGGCCUGGAUCGAUCUUACCUAGAACAUACUCUAGUAAUGGAAGAAAUAUCACGUGGUUCGGGGUCAAUAGGCUUGUCCUACGGAGCUCACUCCAACCUGUGCAUCAAUCAAAUCAACAGACAUGGCACCGAGGCUCAAAAGACUAAAUAUCUUCCUGAUCUGAUCAGCGGUAAGAAGGUUGGAUCCUUAGCUAUGAGUGAGGCGGGCUCGGGGUCGGAUGUUGUUUCAAUGCGGUUAACUGCAGUCAAGAAAGAGGGAAGAUACAUCCUCAAUGGAACUAAGUUUUGGAUCACCAACGGGCCUGAUGCAUCAACCCUUGUAGUUUAUGCCAAAACUUCACCUGAGAAGGCUCAUCGUGGGAUAACGGCAUUCCUGAUCGAGUCCAAUUUCCCUGGCUUUUCGACUCACCAGAAGCUGGAUAAACUAGGGAUGAGAGGAUCAAAUACAUGCGAACUGGUUUUCGAAAACUGUGAGGUGCCCGAAGAAAACGUUCUUGGAGAAGUUGACAAGGGCGUGCAGGUUUUGAUGAGUGGGCUUGACUUGGAACGUCUCGUGCUUAGCGGCGGGCCCUUGGGAUUAAUGCAGGCAGCAUUUGAUGUUGCCCUACCCUAUGUGCACGAGAGAAAGCAGUUUGGCAAGCCCAUUGGAACCUUCCAAUUGCUACAAGGAAAAAUUGCUGACAUGUACACCAAGCUGAACGCCUCAAGAUCAUAUGUUUACGCAGUCGGCAGAGCUUGUGAUCUUGGUAAAGUCAGUCGACGAGAUUGCGCUGGUGCGAUUUUGUAUUCCUCAGAUCGCGCUUUGGAAGUUGCCACUGACGCAAUGCAGAUGCUCGGAGGAAAUGGCUACAUCAACGAUUACCCCACCGGUCGUAUUUUUCGAGACGCGCAAUUGUACCGAGUUGGUGCUGGGACACAAGAAAUUCGUCGAAUGCUAAUUGGACGCUCUUUCAAUGAAGAAUACAAUGACGAUAUCUAACGCGUAUCCUGCCGGCGCUUGCGUAACCCCAAACAAUAUCAUUGCCAAUCAUACGUCUUGUUUAUCCUGUUGUCGUUUAUCCUGUUGUCGUUCUCAUUGUGAUCUACUGACAGAAAGCUGCCAGUUUGUGAUUGCAAUCUACAUGACUUCUACGCAAUCCUGUAAUUGUAUAGCUAGCUGCUUUGUACUUUGUAAUAUAUGCGCACUUGUUCUCACAAAUCAUCAGUCAAGUGAUAUAUUUCCUCUUUUCAAGAGGCUUUUUUUGUUUCUUUGCCGCUUUUCAAUACAUAGCUCUAUCCCACCAAUCUAGUAUGACAAUAUCCGUCUUGCAAUGAAUGAGAUCACCCAACUGUAUGAGACAGUGGCAGCAUCUUUUUACUGAUCCAAAC